UUAGCCGUGGUUUUGUCAUGGCGGCCACCUCCUCCUCCAGCAGCGCCGGAGAAAGUACUCAAGCCAAUUCCAAAUGGCUGGAUGCACACUACGACCCGGUGGCCAACCUGUAUGCGUUUUCUUCCUGUGUCACUCUGGCUGACCUCCAUGGUGAUGGAGAAUAUAAGCUUGUGGUGGGUGACCUAGGCACUUCCUGGCAUGACAUGAAGCUGAAGGUGUACCGGGGCACGGAUCUGCUGAGUGAGAACGCCCUGCCGGACAUGCCUGCUAGCGUUGCUGCCUUCCUGAUGGAACAACACGAGCCACGCACACCUGCUGUGGCUGUAGCCUCUGGGCCUUUUGUCUACGUGUACAAGAAUCUCCGUCCCUAUUUUAAAUUUACACUGCCACCCAUGGAAAUCAACCCCUUGGAGAAGGAUGUCUGGGAGCAGGCUAAGGAGGACAAGAUUGAUCCGCUGUCACUGAAAGAGAUGUUGGAGAUGAUCCGAGAGAAGGCUGAGAUUCCUUUGUCUGUGCGGUCCUUGAGGUUCCUGGCCCUCGAGCCCCCUGAGAUGGGAGCAUUUGUGAACCAGUACAAGAUGCAGCCAAUCAAGCGCCAGACAGUGAUCACGUGCAUGGCUACUCUGAAGAAGAACAUGGCAGAUGAGGAUGCCAUCAGCUGCCUGGUGAUUGGAAUGGAGAGCAAUGAAAUCCUGGUUUUGGACCCCGAGGCCUUCACCAUCCUGGCAAGGAUGACAGUGCCAAGUGUACCAACCUUCCUGGAUGUCAUGGGCCAGUUUGACGUGGAAUACCGCAUGACUGUGGCUUGCCGUAAUGGAUGUGUAUACAUCUUCCGCAGAGACUCCAAGCGGCCCAAGUACAGCAUUGAACUGAGCUCUCAGCCCGUGGGUUUGGUUCGGGUCCAAAAGAACAUCGUGGCUGCCUGUUCUGACCAGACACUUCAAGGAUAUACACAGAAGGGAAAGAAACUCUGGACAGUAUCACUGCCAGCAACGCCAAUGACCAUGAGCCUGAUGGAACAGAAAUCCCGGGGUUUCCAGGCUGUGCUGGUGGCUUUGGCCAACAUGGAGGUGCACAUGUACCAAGACAAGAGCCUUGUUACUGUCAUCCGAACACAGGAUGUGGUAACCAGCAUCUGCUAUGGCUGCUAUGGGCGGGAGGACAACACCCUUGUCAUGACAACUAAAGGUGGAGGUUUGAUCAUCAAGAUCUUAAAGCGGACUGCUGUGUUUGAUAGGGGUGAUGCAUCUACAGGGGUUCCCACUGCCCAGAGCAUCAAGCUCAAUGUGCCCAAGAAGACAAAGCUGUAUGUGGACCAGACACUGAGGGAGCGGGAAUGCAGUGUGGCCAUGUAUCAGGUGUUUCAAAUGGAGUUGAACCGUAUCCGCCUCCAGGCGACACGCACCUAUGCCCAGGCACUGGAGUCCAGCCUGACUCCCAUCACAGAGACACUGCAGGAACCGCUCAAGAUGAAUGCUGUGGUCCAGGGCAUUGGCCCCACCUUCAAGCUGACCCUUCACCUCCAGACCACAUCAGCCACCCGCCCAGCCAUCAACCUUCUCAUCAGUUUCCUGUACGACGAAGGCCUCUACUACAUGGCACGUCCCUUCUUCAAGGCUCCUAUGUUGGUCCCUGGGCUGAAUUACCCCCUGGAAACCUUUGUGGAGUGCCUGAGUGACAAAGGGAUCUCUGAUGUAAUUAAGGUGUUCGUGUUGCGGGAGGGAGAGAGCGCCCCAUUGCUCAUGGCGCACAUCAAUAUGCCCGUCAGUGAAGGCCUGGCAGCUGCAUGAACAGUUGGAAUUAUGGUGAAAGGGAAAAGGGAGAGCAGUUUUAGCCUGUAGGCACUUUUCUGGGGCGAAGGCCUCUUCAGUAGCACGCCCUUUACCUCCAUGUGUUCUGGGGUGGGGCAUCCCAGGACAAGGAAGAUGCCAUUCUUUGCUGUGGUAAAUGAUGCUCCUUCCUGCUAGGAAGACGCCAGGAGAUAGAUCCAGCUCUGAACUAGGCAGCUUCCUUCCCAGGUUUGGCGGAGCCUUUGACAGUGAAGCCGGUGGUCUGAGUAGCCCAAUGAAUGAUACUGUUCCUUGAAUUGGUGCUCUGUGUGUGUAUAUCGGCAGGCAGUGUGUGGAGGUGUUUGAGGCUGUGUUAGUAGCCCACCGGGAAUGUGUGUAAACAGGAACAUAUAAAGCCAUCAUGCUGAGUCACUUUGUUAGCUCAUCUAAGCCAAUCUUGUCUCCUCUGACUGGCAGCCGCUCGAAUAGAUUUUCUGGUAUAGGCUUUUUAAAGUGGACAGACAGGAUAUAGAUGAGGUAAAGUAAAAUAAACCUGGCCCUCAUGCAUGCAAAAAGCAUGCAUUCAAACUGUUCUUUGAGCAAGUCUAAAAACAAAAUAGGAUGCUUUUAUCUAAGAAGACCUUCUGAUUCCAGAUGUAGAAGCAAGUGCUUGUGAAUCCUACAGAAGGGGAGGAGAAAUGGCCAUUGCCAUCUUUGGUAUUGCCGCAUUAUCAUACACUCUGCCCUGGCAGCCAGUGAGUAUCAAGGCUGAGUCCCAACUCAGGUUAAGCUCCACUGUCAGCUUGCCUUCCUGUCACAUAGGACACAGCUUAGGUCGUCCCUUAAGGGCCAGAAUCACCUAUUAAUCGCCCUUCUCAUCUUUUCUCCUCCCACUUUGAACAGAAGUUGCACACUGCAUUGUGGCCUUGGUAUCUCAGCCGCUUUGAACCAUCCUGUUUUCUUUCCAUCUCUGGUAAGGGAGGUGGAGCAGCUACACUGGGAGGGCCUUUCCUGUUGUGAGGUGGACAGUGUCAUUGUACUUUUUUCCACAGCUGUGUGGUUUCUUUUUGGCACCUUUUGAUGAACACAGAGGUGUGAAUAAGCAAGUUCUAUCCCCAUUCUCAGUUUUAACCACUAUCUUCAUGAGCGACUGCUGAGUUUCCACUGUCACGAGAUGCUGGUUUGGCAAGUGGCUUAUAGUUUGGAGGUUUGUGGGGGUGGGGUAGGCAAUGAUUCCUUUCUACACCUGGUAAUGCUGAUUUUCCUGAAGCUUAAACAUGCUGCAUUGAACACAUUAGGGUAGUUCCUGGAUU